AUGGCGACGGAAGUGAGCGACACGAUGGCCAACGUCGCCUCGCGCGAGCGAGACACGACGUGGCAGAAGUACGUCCGCACCAUCUGCAUCUGCGCCGUCGUCUCCUGCGCGACCCUCCAGUACGGCCUGGACAUCUCCAUCAUCAACGCCGCCCAGGCGCUCAAGGGCUUCCUCAAGGUCUUUGGCCACCCGAACCCCAAGGCGCCCCAGGGCUACGGCAUCGAGACCUCGUUCCAGCAGUCCAUCACCAGCCUGAUGAACGUGGGCGUCAUCGUCGGCUCCUUCACGCUCGAGUUCUGGUCCGGCCGCCUCGGCCGCAGAAAGAACUUUAUCGUGGGCUCGCUGGCCGGCGUCGGCGCCAACCUCAUCCUCGUGCUGUCGACCAACAAGAGCGCCAUCAUCUUUGGCCGCUUCCUGUUCGGCGUCUCCAACGGCCUCUUCAUCGGGUUCACCAACAUCUACAUCUCCGAGGCGGCGCCCUCGCACCUCCGCGGCGCCCUCGUCACCUUUGUCCAGGUCUCGGUCUGCAUCGGCACCGUCAUCGGCGCCGUCAUCAACAACGCGACCUCGCACCUGACCUCGCGCCUGUCGUACCAGAUCCCGCUCUUCACGCUCUUCGUGAUCCCCGUGUUCGUCGUCGUCAUGUCCUUCUUCAUCCCCGAGUCGCCGCGCUGGCUCAUCGUCAAGGGCCGCAAGGAGGAGGCCAAGGCGCACCUCUGGCGCCUGCGCGGCUCCGCCUUCCCCGCGGAGCUCAUCGACGCCGAGAUCGUGGCCAUCGUCGACGCCAUCGAGGCCGAGAAGCACAACACGCUGCGCGGCUGGGGCGCCGUGCGCCUCAUGUUCAGCCCCGCCGAGCGCCGCCGCACGCUGCUGACCAUCGCCAGCGGCACCAUGCACGGCGCGUCCGGGUUCCCGUUCAUCUCGAGCUACAAGACCUACUUCUUCCAGAUCGCCGGCUCCAAGCAGCCCUUCAUCGACUCCAUCAUCGUCACCUGCGUGUCGCUCAUCGGCGCCUUCUCGGGCGUCUUCCUGAACCGCUUCGUCGGCCGCCGGCCGCUGCUCAUGGCCGGCUUCCUCAUCCAGGCCUGCCUCAUGCUCGUCAUCGGCACCGUCUGGACCGUCAGCCCGGGCACCAUCACCACCGGCAAGGUCAUCGUCGCCAUGGUCGUCAUCUUCCAGUGCGUCUACGCCGCCAUCGUCGGCCCCACCUCGUGGAUCGUCGCCAGCGAGGUGCCCAACAACCGCCUGCGUGCCAUGACCUUUGGUUUUGGCAACGGUGUCGGCUUCCUCGCCUACUUCCUCAUCGCCUUUACCACGCCCUACUUUAUCAACCCCGAGUCUCUCAACAUUGGUCCCAAGGUUGGCUUCAUCUGGCUCGGCUCCAACCUUAUCAGCGCGACCUUCAUCUUCUUCUGCCUUCCGGAAACCCACCGCCGCUCCCUCGAAAACAUUGACGAGAUGUUCUACAACAAGGUCCCCACUCGCAAGUUCAAGAGCUACCAGUGCACGGGCACCGUUCAGAUCCAGGAGGAGAACGAGAAGAGCCUCGCAGCUGACGAGGAUGUCGGCACGAUUACUCAGGUUGAGGAGCAGCCCAACCGCAAGGAUUAA